AUGUCGAGGAAAAUAGCGGCGGCAGCGGUGGUGGGGGUUGCGACUGCGGUGGUGGUAAGAGAAUACGACGGGGAAACCGACAAGCGUCACGUGGAGGAGAUGGAACGGAAAUGUGACGAAACCGGAAAGCAUGGCAAACCGGUAAUGGUCUCUGAUCUCUUGGACGAUCCGGUUUGUCGCGUCCGUCAUUUUCCGUCUCACACGAUGCUGGUUGCAGAGUACGGAGAAGGAAGAAAGAUGGUGGGAGUUGUGAGAGGAUGUGUUAAAACUGUGACCAGAGGAAAUUCAAUUUAUGUCAAACUCGCUUAUGUUCUUGGUCUUCGAGUUUCACCUUCCCAUCGUAAUUUAGGCAUAGGAACAAAGCUGGUGCAAGCACUUGAAGAAUGGUUCAAGCAACAAGGCGCAACCUACGCGUACAUGGCCACUGACUGUACCAACGAACCUUCCAUUAACUUAUUCACCAAGAAAUGUUCCUACGUCAAAUUCCGUACACCAACAAUGCUGGUUCAACCGGUUCACGCGCAUACAAAACCGAUCGGUUCAGAUAUCGCAAUCAUUCGGUUAAGUCCCAAAACCGCCGAAUCAAUCUACACCAGGAUUUUCAAAGACUCUGAAUUCUUCCCUCGUGACAUAGACGCAGUUUUAACCAGCCGCAACAGCUUAGGAACGUUUAUAGCCGUACCAAAUAAAAAUCGUGGUCCCAAAUCAAAUCGCUUAGACCGCGAUUUCCCUGCGGAUUUUGCGAUAUUAAGCGUUUGGAGCACCAAAAACGUAUUCAAGAUGCAACUGAAAGGCGUUUCCCGGUUAACUCACGCAAUUUGCUCCGGUUCAAGAUUUCUCGAUUCCUGUAUGCCAUGCAUAAAGUUACCUUCGUUCCCUAACGUGUUCGACAAGUUUUGGGUUUAUUUCAUGUACGGAAUGCACAUGCAAGGCAAAGAUGGUCCAAGACUUAUGAAAAGUUUAUGCUCUUUUGUGCAUAACAUUGGGAGAGACGACGGAGGUUGUGGAGCUGUAGCAGCUGAGCUAAACCCUUCAGACGCUGUGGCUUUGGCCGUUCCUCACUGGAGACGGCUUUCGUGGGCUCAAGAUCUCUGGUGCCUCAAGAAACUCUCUGAUGAACCUGAACUAUCCGAUUGGAGUAUAUCGAGAUCUUCUUCUUCCUCCGUUAUUUUUGUUGAUCCUCGUGAUAUAUAA